CGUUUCUACACGUGUGUUGCGAAGAUGGAAUCGCUGCUUGCAGAUGUUGUGCUUUCGAAUUGCGGAGAUUACGCUGCUCUAAUCGAUCGUCUCAGUGCGUGGGACGCUACAGGCCCGUGUCCUCCAACGCCGGAAAGCCUGGAAGUCCUACGGAUAGUUAUACAAAGAGUGGCAACGGACUGCCUACAGGAGAGCACUGCUGUGCCGCUGCCUCUCACCCGUUCCGUGACCGACCUCGCUCUUGGCCGGUGUCUGCCUCUGCUCACUGCCAUAUUCGAAAAAAGUAUUGGCUCUCGGGAUAUAACCCGAGUAACCAGAACAGUGUGCGCGGUUUUGCGGCACUGCGCGGAAAUUGCUGGGUGUGAGCUAGCUGAGCGCGUCUGCCGCAUAGCGCUGGACAGUUUAAAAGGACAAUGGAACGAACAGCGGACGUUGCAUUCCGCGGGGGAGGGCACAGCAAGGACUGUGCCAAGAGAAGAACAGGGGAAAUGGACGAGCGCACCAGAGGCAAAAGCAGGGGAGAUGUCUGUAGUGCAAGCUAUAGAGGUGUUAGGGGCUGUUGUCCCCACUGUUAUACAGCUGUCUCCAGUAGACUCCACACAUGACAUAGAACAAGUUAUACAGACAGCUGUGUCUUUGCUUAGGGAAGGGACAGAUGAGGCAGCUAACCUACUCUGUGGAAGGUUGAUGCCAAGUCUUGCUGGUGAUAGCAGGAGUUUGAAGCUCCUAUUAGAGCAAGUGAUAAGUGAUGUGGUAUUACAAAAGGGUGAUGCAGGUAUAUGCUUGAGUCGCAGGUUAUUAGUACUGAGUACAUUAUCAGAUCAGCUCUUCUCACUGGCAUCUCCAGAUGGAAUUCAGGAUUCUUGGUGUUCCAGGAGCUUCUGGAGAUCAGUCCAGGAAGGCAUGAGCUGCCCUGACAGUUUGACCCGAAAGAGAGCUGUAUACAUGCUGAAAAGAGCUGUUGACUGGUGUCAAGAUACAAGAGCAAACCUAGCAUGCAAUGCUGAAGGAUGUGCAGAAGGAGAACCUGCUUUGUUCUUUUGGUCCGCUGACGAUAACAAAAUACUUGUGGAGUUUUGGGAAAAUUUUAUAUUGAUUAUUGAAACAUUGGAAGGAAAUCAGAUACAUGUUAUUAAACCCGUUUUACCAAAGCUGAAUUUCCUCUUUGAUUCAGCGGUUUUGGAAAAUAAAGAUCUGUGGUUCUUUCACCCUUCCUGGCAUCUGUGUAUUUAUAAAAGAAUGUUUGAAAGUGAAAACAAAACACUGGCGAAGGAAGGCAUCCUGCACUUCUUUGAAAUAUACUGUGACAAAUCUCUUCCAGGAUCAACAGUCUAUUCAGAGUUUAUCAUAGGACCACUUAUGGAUGCAAUGUCAGAAAGUGCCAUUUAUGGCAGAUCUGCAGGCCAGCCAAGUGAUUCCUGUCCUCUCCUGGGAGCUAAGUUUGAGACAUUUUUGGGUGAUUUUGUGUCCUCGCUUCCUGAAGAAACCAGAGGAGGCUUCCUGUUGAAACUUAUCAAGAAAAUGACCAGCAGAAACUGGUGUGCUGUUCCCGUGUUGUUUAUUUCGAAAGCAUUGUCAGCUCUCGCUCCUUGUAAAGCCUGGGGUGUAGAAGGUCUGCUCCCUCUCAGGGAAGUGCUACAAUGUACUAUGACUACGCAUCAGAUUCUGCUUCGUGGAGCUGCCCAGUGCUUUCUUCUUCAAGCUGUUAUGAAAUUAACACAUGUAGAAAAAGUGUCUUUUUCCGAUAUUUCAAGUUUUCUAAUGUUCUUUAGACCAGAGGAAUCACUGCAUAGAGGAAGUAAGCUUUGGAAGGAGUUGUGUAUUUGGCUUCAUAACAAUGACGGCUCUUUCAGAAGAAGUGCUGAACUUGAAUGUUUUAAUGCUCUUGGGAAAUCAUCGUUAACGCUUUAUACACAAUCUUUAAUUCAAGACUAUCUUAAAGUGCCAGCAUUAACAGAAGAUAAGAAACACAUGCCAGAUGGGUUCGAAUCCAGACUCGUUGCCACUAUGGUCCUUUUGGCUGCUGACGUGGAGAUCUUGAAGAACUCAGAGGUUCACAAGUCUGCAGCAACACCGACUGAAGUAAAGUGUUUUUUGGAUCCUCUUCUGGAGACGUUGUCAAAGCUCAGCACUAAUGCAUACAUGCCUACGCUAAAAAGUGAUAGGAGUUUACAGCUGCUUUUACAACUGCUUCAAACCUGCUCAUCAAACUCCUUCGAGUCAGAUGGUCUUCUGGUAUUUCUGUGGGAUUCAGUAAUGAUUGCAGCAACAAGCACCAUGGAAUUUAUCCUGCGGAGGUUAAGUGGAGAGCUGAAUACUAUUCCAGAUUUACAGCGUUGUGAUUUAUAUCUUGCUGUAUUCUCUGAGUUUGUACGUUUGUCCUCGAGACUUGGUUGGAAAAGAGGUCCUUCAAUAUGGAGCUUUGCUUUUUCAUUGAUGAAAAACUCAUUACAAGUUCUGCAACAAUACAAUGGCGAGCAAAACCCAAAGGUUGCUGAUCAAAUACAAAAAGUAGUCAGUAUGGCCACCAUGGCUUCAGUGUGUGGUGCGGUUUCCUCAGUGGCUAAACGUACGGUUGAGACGCACGAGUUUGUCAGUGUUCUCCAUAAUUACUUUUCCUCUGUACAGCUGAAUAAGACGCUUACAAAACCUCAUAUUACUGAUGAAAGUUUUCUAGAAGAAGGUAAUUCUCAAGGAUGGGGAAAGAUUGUCGCUCGCUAUCUACAUGAUCAAUGGCUCUGCAUGUACUUUGUUCUUAAAAAUGAUAACCUACUGAGCCUUGAAACUGUAAAUCAAGCUCUGCACAACCGUAAUUUUCAGACUGCAACAACAACUCUACAGGUGGCACUUGAUGCUCUCUCCGUUAUUCCUUCUCAUCAGGCCCUUCCAGUUUUCAAAUGCCUAAAGCUCCUUCUACCAAAGGUUAUUCAUUCUUCAGAAUCAUUGUGCGUGGAGUCUAUUCAUCUAGCUUGGAAAAUUGUUUCCUCUUUGUGCGGUUCACAGUUGGCAUUCUGGCCACACUUAAAUGCAUUCGUUGAGCUUGUGUUCAGUGAAGAGGUCCUUUCACAUGCUGCUUCCACCAAGAGUGAAGUGUUUGUCCAGAUUAAAAAGAUCAUACAGCAAAUAAUCGAUCUGUCCAGCACGAAGAUGGGAGUCUAUUAUGUCUUUGUAUCUCAUUGCUGUCAGACAUGGAUAGAGAACUCUGUUAUUAAGGACAGCGCAUUACACUAUGCCAAACAUUACAUGGAAAUUCUUCUAGAAGCAUGCACAUAUGGAACAGUGUUCAGACGUGAUCAGAGGUUGAUUCAGGAUACACAUGCGUUUAUUGAGAGUCUGGGAGAGGAUUGUGCUGCAAAUGUUGCUGUGAAAAGUAUAAACAGAGAUGAGCAUUAUGUAAGGACUGCUGCCCUGAGAUUUCUCUGUUUGUUAGACGGAUCCAAUUCUCUGCAUAAGGCAUUUCUUGAAGACUUUAUUGUUCGUUUACUGGAUAAGGAUGUACUUGUAUCCAAGUCAAAAACUAGAUACUAUGGGAAUUCUUUGCAGCAUCGAGUGAAAAAUCGUCUGUGGCAGACUAUUCUGAUUCUUAUUCCUAAACUUGAUCAGGACUUUGUAUCUGGAAUCAUAGAAAGGAUUUUCCAAGCUGGAUUCAGCAAUAAUCAAGCUUCUGUGAAAUAUUUAAUAGAAUGGACUUUAAUUUUAAUACUUCAUACAUACCCCAAUUUCCUGCAGCAAUUCUGGGACUGCUUUUGUUGUAGUGAAGAACAACUUAAAACUAGCAUCUGUACAUUUCUGUCUGUGUUGCCUCAUUUUGAUGUGAUUCUUGAAAAAGUAUCAGAUAAGUUGCCAAGUUUGAAGAAGGCUCUAGUGACUGUUCUCCAGUGGUGCUUUAGUCACAACUUCAGUGUUCGGCUGUAUGCAUUAAUUGCUCUGAAGAAGCUUUGGUCUCUGUGCAAACAACAGUAUUCACAAGAAUUUGAGACACUAUCAUCAAUUAUUGAAUCCAGUCUUCAUCAACUAGAAAAUCUUCAAGGUGGUGGGAAUGCAAGGAAAAAUUGGUUACGAAUUCAGGAACAUUUCUUUUUUUCUACGUUUCAUCCUUUGGAGGACUACAGUAUAGAGACUAUAUUUUACACGCUUCCAAGUGUAUCAGAAUUAAUUGAAGAUGAGUGGAUUCCAUACCAUAAGUUUUCAGUCCGUGGAAACAUGUCUUGGAAGCUGUCAGUGCCAUUGACCAAUUCCAGAACUAUGGUUUUUAAUCAAAAGCCAAAUGAUUGGUUGCAGCAAGAUAUUGGUACAGAUGGAGGAGAUGUAGACAAUCACAUUGAAUGGGCAGAUAUCCAGAAAAAAAUAAUUCCCUGGAAAAACAGUAUCCCCGAUUUGGACUUGGAUAUGGUUUUGCAGCAUCGUGCUGCCAAGCUUGGAAAAUCAAAUGGGAGUCUAAUUGUGAUAGCAUCUCUUAUUGAUAAGCCAACUAAUUUAGGUGGUUUAUGUCGGACUUGUGAAAUAUUUGGUGCUUCUGCGCUAGUUGUUGAUAGUCUACAUCACGUGAAUGAUAAACAGUUUCAGUAUCUCAGUGUGUCUGCUGAACAGUGGCUUCCACUUGUUGAGGUAAAACCAUCUCAACUGAUUGGAUACUUGCAACUUAAAAAAGCACAAGGUUACACGAUCAUAGGAGUUGAACAAACUGCAAAAAGUGUGGAUCUUACUGAAUAUUCUUUUCCAGAGAAAUCCUUAUUGCUACUUGGCAAUGAACGAGAAGGAAUACCUGCCAACCUGAUUCAACACCUUGAUGUUUGCGUAGAAAUUCCCCAGCAAGGAAUAAUUCGAUCUCUGAAUGUCCAUGUGAGUGGUGCAGUCUUGAUUUGGGAAUACACAAGGCAACAUAUACUAAAGCAAAAAGCCACCUAGCUUGUGUAAAUUAAAUUAUGCUAAUUUUGUAUACAAAAAUAAAAAAAAAUGGUUUUAUUGUUUUUAAUCUUGUAAACUAUUAUUUGUACAAUUCAGAAUAAAGACAAAUUAAACUAAUUUGGAAGUUAUGUAAUCUUACAAAACGAGUAAAAA